GAUCAACCCAACAAAGCAUUUCUCCCUACACAUAAGUUCUCAAAUACUUAGAAUACCAAAAGAAAGAAGUCCUGAAUCAGCGAAAGUCAUCAAGAUGGGAACGCCAGACGCAGAACAGAAGAGCCCAGUCCACCCACCAGCGACUGGAAUUCCGAUGGGUGCGGCGGCCCCGAUGUACACUGAGAUGCCAUCAGCACCCCCUAACUUCCAGCCACCACCACAUCAACUACAACCCGAAAGCAACGGGCAGUGGUCGGUCGGUCUUUUUGACUGUUUCUCCGACUGUGGACGUUGUUGUAUUUCUUGCUGGUGUCCAUGCAUCACCUUCGGCCAAAUCUCUGAGAUCCUAGAUAGAGGGUCAUCAUCAUGCGGAGUGAACGGCGCGCUCUACUUCCUUAUCGCGGCAGUAACGGGCUGUGCUUGCGUAUAUUCAUGCGUGUACCGAACUAAGAUGAGGCAGCAAUACAAGUUGGAGGGAAGUUCCGCUGAGGAUUUCUUCGUCCAUUGCUGUUGCGAGCCUUGCUCUCUCACCCAGCAGUACCGUGAGCUCGAAAACCGUGGAUUUGACGUCUCCAUAGGUUGGCAAGGGAACGUGGAAAGGCAGACCCGCGGGGUGGCCGUGUCAUCUCACAUGCCGCCGGUAACUGAAAGUGGCAUGAAGCGUUGAACGAACCGAGCCAAGGAGGGGCUUCAGUAGUCCAAGUCAAACUCUUCAUGAGUAUUGCGUAUUAUAUUGUGCUGAUGCGUUUGUCUAUCGCUAUCUCUACAGGGGAUGUAUCAUUUGUGGAUUUUGUGUAUGUCCAGAGUGAAGAAAAAAUAAGUCAUCUCAAGAAAGAACAUGCGAGUCUGAGGCUUGUAUUAUCAAUAUUAUGUGUACCAUUUUUUUUUAUGUAUUGUAAGAUGUUUGCGUAUAUGUUAUCUUUUUUUUUUUUGUAUGUA